UAUCAGUUUGUGUAGUGCUGCUUGUCAGGAAACAUAUCUGUUAGGAAUCAAACUGAACUGUUAGUAAUAAUACUCAUGAACUGGCUCAUCAUUGGAAUAACAGGUGUUACCUGUUCCGGCAAGUCCACAUUAGCCAGAUCUAUAGUCAGUGAAAUAAGUGCCAAUAAAGUCAGUUUCUCUAAUAAUAUUACAAUUGGUGCGGUGAAACUAGUGAAACAGGAUGACUAUUUCCACCCAAAGACAUCCACCGAGCACAUCUGGAUACCAGAAUUCAAUUACAUCAAUCGUGAGGUCUUAAGUGCACUGAAUAUGAACAAAAUGUGUGAGCACUUGAAUGAAAUUCUCGGUUCGACGUAUCAACCGUACCAGAGGAAAGAGGAGGAAAGUGUUCUCAACGUUUUAGUCAUUGAGGGAUACUUGAUAUUUAACUGCACGCGUAUAAGCGAAUUGUGCCAACUAAAAAUCGAUGUACGAUUGACCUACGAUGCAUGUUUCGAAAGACGAAAAACUCGCAUUUAUAAUCCACCCAAUCCACCGGCAUAUUUCGAGAAAAUUAUUUGGCCAUUUUAUCUAAAACAUCGGAAUGAGUACGAGAACACUUUGGGACUGCAGGUGAUGAAUGGAGAAUUAUCUGAAGAGGUUGUCUUAAGGCAGGCGUUGGAUCACAUCGUUGAUUUUGUUAAUAAGAAAUAAAAUUGUUGAUUUUGUUAA